UUGCGUAAAUGCAGCAUUUGUCACAAAAUUGUACGCAUAAACAAAUAAAAAACGAUAAUGGAAUCAACAUUUGAGUUGACAUUCAAUUGAAAUUAUCAUUUCGACAUCGAUUUGAAGAGUUAUUUUUGCUAGGAAUGCGACUGAUCAAUCGAUAAAUUAGAAAACUUAGCUAUUUGAAAUCUUGCCAGUGAAAAUUAUGCUACUAGAGAUGCUCCACUUUCUCUAAUAAGUCUGUCAAUAAUUUGUAAAUUCUGUUAGAUAAAUUCCGGUAUAUUUCAGCAUUUUAUCGUCAAAGUUUGCAGCAGACACUUCGCGCAAAACUUGUUAAUUGUCGACAGAUUUGCCGAGGUCAUUUGCGCAAGAUAUUUAUAUAAUAAUAUAACUUUAAUACCCUUCGCGCCUAGCAACCGCUUCGCGCCACGCGACGCGCAUGAGUGAGGGGGUGAAACCGGUGCAGCAGGGGGGUUCCUGCGCGUGCGAGGCGCACGAUACGAGGGACACGAGAGGAGCACGCGACGAGUGCGUCGUCGGGGGAAGGAUACGUCUCGAGGGGUGCCUGCUGUGGCAAGGUGGCACGGCGACGUGCACAUUUGACGUCUGACGGUAGACGUCCGGUAGGAGAAUUAUGGUGCGAGCUGCGAAGGCUCGAAUACUCGACGCACCGUUCGUCGCGGCCACUCUGACGUUCACGUUGCUGUUGCUCGAUGUCGAUCAAGUGUCUUCUGAGGAAUGUAUCGGAGGACAUGUAGUUUGUUACUUUUUAGCUGUUCUCCUCCAAAGGAAUGCUGUCCUUAUGGCUGUUGUUACAGUGUCUUCACACCAGUGCAUCCUCAUGUUUCAGAAAUGUUCAAUUUCUUGAUUUGGACUUAUUGGUAUUUGUGGGUAGCAGUGCUCGCAGCCUUAGCUAUAGCCGCAACAUGCGGCUUUUGGUUAUGGAAACGUCGCCGUGCGGCAAUGUCCGACGACACAUCCUCGGAAAGAACUUCCACGGGACCGUGGUACCCACCUCCUCAUUAUAGUCGAUGUAGUUCCUUUGUCCAGGCAUUACCACCACCAUACAAUGAGGUGACUGCAAAACCAGAUCUUUACCCCUUAGUAAUUGGUUAUGACGAUAGCACGGGCAAAGGUACUUCUGGUUUUGUGAUGCGCUACUUUCGAUCGUUGUCACAUGCAAGUACACUGGAUUCAUUGAGCUCCAGUUUCAUGUGCAACAUGGUGAACGAAGCGAACACCAUUAUUCCACCGCCGUACUCUUGUAACAAUAGCGUCGACGAAUUGUCGGCGACAGAUUGCGAAAGAAGAGAGCCGGGUGACAUUGGCUCCAUCGUUUCUUUGACAAAUCAUAGAACAACCUCUGACAUAUCAAGCCUUGGUGCACAAUCGCCUUGUUCUCCACCAAGAGCUACUAGCCCGACGAUAGAAUUGCGGGAAUUAUUGGAUAAGAUACAACAACUUCCUCAUUUAUCUAACGGACACUCCACCGUGCAUUGCCAACAGAAUCAAGCUCCGGUGUUGUACGUAACAAGCAGCGAUGGUACUACGCAACAACGGCCUUUGAGUCCAAGCGACGUCGGUUCGUACAAAGUUAGGAGGGCCAGAGGCAAGCUGUACAUGCCGCUGGGAUUGCCGAAUUCGCGAAGUAAAACGAAGCGAUGGUUGUCGCGCUCCGCACCGACAACGCCCUCAGGUACAAUACCAAUGUCCUUCCUACCGGGACAGAGCAGGAGGCCUUCAGAGGCCGACAACAACAACCAGCAAGCGGUGCCACUGCUUUACGAGCAAGACGAGAAUGAAAACAACAAUCCGGAUCAGCCAUCGUCGGGCGUUCCAUUACUCCCUGAACAGGAGGAAGAACGACAAUCGACAUGACACGGUGUCUAAAUCGUUCGUGCUAUUUAAUACUCGACAAUGAUCUCGUGUGAGGAUUGCCGAUAUCUAUACGCACUCACAACACACACACACACACACACACACACACACACACACACACACACACACACACACACAGAUUUAAAUAUUUUUUAAUAUGGCUCUGAUACAUUCACCGGUUCGUAUUCUGAGCUCACAUUUAUCGCUGAAUGUAUCUCUAAAUGUGUUUAAGAUGAUAUCUUAUUGGCUGAUUGGCACAUUUAUUAGAAGUGCAUUUAGCGGUAAAUGUGAGUUCAGAAUACAGACCAUCAUGUCUGCCCUAUCAUAAAAUUAUACACAUUCAAGACGUGUUUAACACUAUUUAUGCAAUAUUUGAAAAGAUCUAAACUUUAUUUAAUUUAAUUAAAUGUUUUUAGUACUAUUUAUUUAUAUUUUUUUUACAUUACUUUUAUACUUGAUUAAAAAAUAUAUAUACAUAUAUAUAUGUACGUAGGCAUGUACAAAAAAUAUGAUAUUAAUCAAAUAAUUAUAUGUAUUACUGUAAAACCUUAAAUUUUAGUAAAACGUAAGAUUUGUUCAUAAAUCCUAAGUUUUGUGAAGUUUUUGUCAUGUUAAAGUGUAAAUAUUUUAUUUUUACACUUAGAUGAAAUCAGUAUAAUUUACAAUGGCUUUAAAGUCAGUACUAGUAAGAUCUAAUCAAAUUUGCUAUUAGUCAUACAUUUGUUUGAAGACAUACGCCUCGAAUAUGUAUCUAUUUUAUGCGAUAAGGCAUACAUGACGCCUAUUAUACAAAAUACUAUUAAUCGAUUUUCCAAUUACUAUAAAUCGAUAAAUGCCGCCUACCUUUUUAAACUAAAAAUCUCAAGAAAUUUGAAAGGACUUUACGACUGUCUUCGGCGAAGUGACUCAAGGCCUUAUUCGCAGUUUUAGAAUUUGAUUCUAUCAAGACACUCUUAAAUAACUACGACAUAAAACCUUAUAUAAUUAUGAUAUUAACCCUUUAGCUGCAGCACUUCAAAUAAAAACCGUCCUCUGUGCACGGAAUGACAGUUACAAGUUGGUCAUCGAAACACGAUCGGUUCUAAAAAAAAAAAGAACUGAAUAAAUUAUUUAUUAUAAGUAUCGUAUACAAAACGCUUGACUGCACAUGUUGUGUUGAAAAAAAUUAAAAAGUAACUCAUCACUCUUUUAUUGCAACACUGUAUUUCAGAAAAUCAUAAUAGUAACUAAUGACAGAAAAAAUAAUAAAUAUAAUAAAUAUAAAUUUAACGUAUAUUACACAUUUUUAGUCAUCAGUUUAAUAAUCAAUAGUUAAAUUUGUCAAAAACAAAUUUUGUGAAGCGUCUAUUAAAAUAUUUUAUCGAGACAGAAUGCCAAUGAAAAUAUAAUAGUAUCUACUAAUACAAAAUAUAACAAUAGAAAUGGAAUAAAAUUCACAUGCAUACGCACGUUUUUCGCAGCUAAAGAGUUAAGAAGUUCAAAUUCGUGAUAAAAAAUAAAUACGUGCUGUUUGCUUCUCCAAGAAAUGUAAAAUAAAAACAGGUCUUAAGAUUUCUUUUAAUUUUAUGGCUUUUCAACUGAUGUUGAUAAUUAUUCAAUUUUUUGCUAUCUUAUAUUUGACAUAGAUUUUAUUUCUUUUCGAUAAACAUCUCGGAUUCGCAAAAAAAAGCGAUAUUAUAUUUUUUAUGCAAUAUAUAAUUAUGAUAUAUGUAAAUUGCAUAUAAUUUAUGUUACAAUGGGAAAUAGAAGAUUUUUAUCGCUUUUCUACGAAUAUUUAUUACCCGGUGGCACAAAUUUGUGGACUAAUGUAAGUAGAUUUGUGUUAUGAUAGUAUAAUGACAGUAAAAUGAAAUAAGAAAAAUGUUUGACGCUUUAAGUAUUUACAAAACUGGAAAAUGUAAUUUUGAUUUAUAGGAUUACACAGCGUGUAUACAUCGAAAUUUAUUGAUGCGUGAAUAGAAUUAUGGACAUUUUAACAACCGUCUGACUAAUAUAUAUACAGAUAACUUUUUAUUAUCAUAUUUACAUAGGUUUCAUUAUAUAUAAUAUUCCAUCCAAACAAACCGGAGAGAGCUGAAGAAGUUAGGACAAUAUCGCGCAAUCUUGUAGAAGUUGAACGACGAGGCAGUAACAUAUAUAUACUAUACGGGAUACAUGAGCCAAUGUACAAUACAAAUUCCGUCAAGAGAUAACAAUAUAGACUACAGAAAUUGAUAGACAAACACGAGUUCGUAACUUGUAUAGAAAGAUUUUCGUUUAAAAGGCAGAUGAGAUAGCCACGAUAAUAAAUACGAAUGCAAACAAUAAAAGAAUAAGAUAGAAAUUGGAAUAAAGUAUAGUUUACACACGUACAUUUGUUAUCCGAAAGUCAAAUCUGUUAAAAACAGAUUUUUUAAGAAAUGUCGAUUAAAUUUUGUCAGUAGGAUGCCAGCAGAAAUAUAACAGAAUUUAUUAAUAGAACAUAAUGGCAGAUUGACAGUAAAAAACAAGCAUAAAACAAUAUCUUGCUCGCUCUUUGCUGGCAAUUUCCAUCGGAUUGUGUCUGCUAGAUUCUACUGGCAGAACACAAUUGACAAUAUUCUGCUCAAAUACCUGGUGAAAAAAUUUUCAUUGUAUAAUAUUUUUAAGAAUUUUUCAUAUUGAAAUUUAUAGAGAUUUCUAAGAAACACUUUAAAUCUUUUCAGAUUUUAUAAAUGUUUUUUAGAAAUUAUAAAAUAAAAAAUCUUAGGACAUUUCUAAAUUCAUAUAUAUAGAAAAUAUUGGAAAAAAAGUAGAUCUUCUCAAUAUUUCUAAAAAGUGUUUCAAUUUGUGUAAUAAAAUCUGAAAAAUUUUUAAAAAGUUAUAGAAAUCAUACAAAAAAUUCGGAAAAAUGAAUUUUUUUCAUGAAAAAUUUUCACCAGGAAUCUGCUGGCAAACUGCUAGCAUACUAUUCAUAUUUUACUUGCUGAGUAGUUUUGAAUCUCAGCGUAUAUAACUCAUGUAUUGUACAUGUAAUCGAGAGCAAAAAUAGCUGUUCUGUUCCGAUGUAAUAAAAUUCAAUUGUACUGAGCUUCUCCUUCACGACCGAUCAAUCGACCAAUUACCGAAGGAAUUACGUGUGAUAAGAUUCGUAAAAAAAGAAACUCUAUUCUCUACAUUUGAAUCGCGAACGGCCUUUUGCUCUCCACUAUAUUAUCGCGCACAAUUAUAAUUGUCAAAUAUACCUUGAAUUGUACAGAAUUCUUAAUAAUUUUAUAAUUUUAUUUCUAGUCUGAUAUUAAAUCGAACGUUUUUAUAUUCGUAUACGAAUAUAAACAUACAUAUAUAUUUACGUAUGAGAUAUAAAUAAAAUAAUAUUUUAAAGUUGCAAUUAAUUGGAAAAAUAAUAAACUUAUUUAUAGUUUCUGUCACAUGGAAAAUAUUUCACUCUUUUUAUAUCACUAAUUUAUGUCAUUGUUUUUUUUGUUUAUUUUAUAACAUAUAAAUUUCAAGUAGCACACAUAAAUCAGCUUUUAAAGUUAGUUAUUUGUUAAUAUAUUCUAUACGUUUUAUUUUAUUUUGAAUGUAAGAGAAACAUGAUAAAAAUACCUGCGUAGUGAUCUGUAAACUAUACUUUUACUCCUUAAGAAAGAUUCCGUUUAUGUACAAGAUACUAACAAUUGUAAAGAAAUUGUUGAAAAAUAUUCAAUAAUGUCAUAGAUUUUAAUUCUAAUAUGUAAAAGUAGUUACAUACUUUAAUUGUACUAACAUUGUUCAUGUACAUCAUGCAUUCGAUGCAUUUGAUUGACAUGUAUUUUUUUAUAAAAUCAGAUACAAAUAAAUUCAAGCUUUUACGAAA